AUGGGAUUGCCCCAAGUUUCAUCCAGUGAAAACUCUGAGGUUAGUGGCUCGCUUACCUCGUAUGUCUACAAUGCCUCUCAAUUUGGUGGUGUCGGCACGUGUAAUUUGAAUGGGAUUCGUAUGGGAGCUGUGAGCCAAACAUGUGGGGACUCGAUAUAUUCUUCUUUAGGUGAUUUUCGAUGGAAAACCUCAUUGGAGGUUUCAAAAUUUCCUGAUUAUGCGUUAAAGAAAGAGCAUUUGGAUGUUAAUCCCAAUUUUCAUAUGUCAAAUAUUCACAUCAACGAAGUGGUUGAAUCAACUCCUAAAACUAGACGGAAUAUUCAUGCUAUUUCUAGGAUUGUUGGUUUCGAAUAUGAGAAAGAUAUCCUCUCUGAUAGAUUAGAUGGUGUAUCAGCAAAUCAUGUUCACGCUACUUCUGCCAGUGUCAUAAUGAAUGAUACUGAUACCAAUGGAUCUCUUGUUAGGAAGCGAAUGCUGUCUCCAUUGAAUAGGAUGCUUCUGUCCGAGCAAUUUAGGGGUGAUAUUUUAGAUAUUGGCAGCAGAAAGUUUCAUCAUAGUUCUCAAGCGAAAGAUGAAAUAUGUGGUACUUCUUCGGUGCAAGACAAUAAAAAGGCAAAUAUUGGUAGGAAAAAUCACUCUACAGCACCGAUUUGGUCUUUGUCUAACUGUACAGAACAGAUUGAUGUGUUGUACAACUACAGUAAAUCAGCCUCCGUAUUUUUCACUGAUGGACCUAUAUUAGAUGACAAAGAACUACACCCCUUUACCUGUGUACCUUCAUCUACAUUUGAUCCUUUGGUAGAAGCAAGUGAGGGCAGAUCACUCUCUGGGCCAACAUCAAAAGAGCAAAUCUCACUCCCACUCUCUCGGUCUCCCUUAGGUCCAAAUUUUUUUGAUAGAACGAGAUCUGCAGGCUGUGGCAGGAAUAUCUGGAAAGAGACAAAAAUCGUAGGAAAUAUAUCUUAUUCCGCCAAGGAAAACCACUCUAGCAUUAUCUUCCCCUCUGAAGAAGAAGAAUUUCGGAUUGCAAGCACAUCUUAUGAAGAUGUUGAUUACCUUCACAAAGAUGUUCAAUCUUCAUCCCCAGAAAAUAACACUGGAAUACGUUCACCUUUCUGUAGAAAUUCAAGGACUGCCAUCAAUUGCAUGAAACUGUGUAGAAGUUUUAGGGGAUGUUCAGUGAGAAGGUCAUUGGUUGGGUCAUUUGAGGAGUCGCUGCUGUCUGGGCGAUUGUCAUCUGGAAAACUCAGUCAGGCCAUAGAUGGUUUUCUUGCCGUACUAAACAUUAUAGGAGGGGAUUUUUCUCCAAAGUCACAGAAACUUCCAUUUGCAGUAACCAGUGUUGAUGGAGAUAGCUAUCUAUUAUACUAUGCAUCCAUUGAUCUUUGUGGGAAUUCGCAAUCAAACAAGCGCAGAGGGGAAAAUGUGAAGAGAGCCCUUGGUUGUGAUGAUUCACAAAUUGGCAAGAACCGUUUGCGUGUUCCUAUGAAAGGACGUAUCCAGUUGGUCCUGAGCAACCCUGAGAAGACACCCCUUCAUUCCUACUUCUGUAACUAUGACUUAAGCGACAUGCCAGCUGGUACCAAGACGUUCUUGCGUCAGAAGGUCACCCUUGCUUCGUCAGGCUUGAAUUCUAUAAAUGAAAGAGGAGAGCAGAAAAGUAUUGAUAUAGAAGUUGAGGACAAGGUUUCUUUUGUCCCAAAGAGAAGUCAUAUUGACCUGCCAGACAACGGAAGACAAGUUUGUGGGUAUAAUUUAUGUCAGAAUGAUCAGGUGGACACGUUCGAUGAAACUGAUAGAAAACACGAACAUUCUUGUUCAAAGGUCAACAGAAAUGCGACAGCUGUUGGUGCUUUACGUUAUGCUCUUCACUUAAGAUUUGUUUGUCCAUUCCCAAAAAAAUCUUCAAGGUCAGUCCAGAGAUCAGAUCCUUUAUCAGCAAAAGAAAGCAGAAUAGACAAUGUAGGGGAACGGAGAUUUUAUCUGUACAAUGAUUUGAAAGUUGUGUUCCCCCAACGUCAUUCGGAUGCUGAUGAGGGAAAGUUGAAGGUUGAAUACCAUUUCCCGGAAGAUCCAAAAUACUUUGAUAUCAGCAGCUGA